AUGAUGUUGAUUCAAGUGAAGAAUCGUUCCCCAGUCGAUGGAGAAUUUUCCAAGGCAGCGACGGAGAGACUAUGCCCCUGGUUUGUGUUCGGAAAGAACAGUGAUGGGAACUCGUCAGCGGGGAAAUCUACCGGUGAAAUUGGUGGGGAUCCGAAACCGCUGAGCUCCACGGAUGUCCGUGAUACCAUUCGCAUCUACAUGAAUGUGCGCGGUCGGAAGAGUGACGGCAAGUUCAUCUAUGCCACGACAAUGAAAGACAAUCUUAAGCCCAAGAAGAAAGGCAACGCCUCUGAGGUGAAGGAGGAGAGUCAGACGAUCGGGAGUCAGGCGAAGAAGCGGGCGAAGAUCGAGAGCAAUCCUGGCGUCUCAAGUGUGUCGAGUGUCUCGGAGGAGGAUCCUGUUUUCACGAUCUGCCUCCGUUUACUCAACAGGGUCACCUACCCGUUCCUGAGCGACGGCGUGGCUUCCAUGCUAUCAAACAUGGUGGAGUCUCAGUAUGACCCGCUGGGGCUUGUGGAGGGCGACCUGGACUAUCGCGAUGAAGAUGAAAAACGAAACAAGGACGUUAGUUCGUAUGCAAAGUUGUCGCUUACCGCGAAGCGCGACAAGUUGUUGCAGAACGCCCGUAAAGCACUAGCGUACGCGCCGGGUGACAAGGAAGAAGAGUGA